AUGAGUUUGCUGAGAGGAAAGCUUGAGGCAUGUUUUGGGAUCAGACUUGCUGCUACUCAACACCAUGAAAUCUUCAGCAACAGGCCACACCACGUCUCCAACAUGGCACCCACCAAGAUCAAGAACUGCGCUCUCCAUGGAGGCGAUUUCGGCCAAAAGGGCGCCCUACUCAACUGGGACUAUAUCCAUGAUGGGGCUCACAAGGUGGCCAAGGAAAUAGUCGAACACAUUGACGAUGUGAAUCUGUCGAUCACCUUCAAGGUCAUCGAAGGAGAUCUUACCAAGGAAUACAAAGAGUUGAAGAUAUUCGUCAAGGCGACUCCCAAAUCUGACAACACUAGUCUCAUCCACUGGACUCUGGACUACGAGAAGCUGGACGAGGAUGUCGCCGAGCCUUUCUCCUUCAUGGAAUUCCUUGUUCAUCUCAGCAAGGAUAUCGAUCUUCACAACACCAAGAAGUGAGCAUCUCAUGUGUGUGUAUGGUUCGAUGUAAUUCCCGGCCCCCAUGAUCAAAAGCUAAGUGCAUGCAUGCAUGCAGCAUUGCUAUGUGUAUGUAUCUACGUACCUUUGUUAGGUAGCUAGGCGUGGUUGCGGUUCGUCGUUUAGUUCCAUCGCUUAGCUAUGUUGUCCUUAUACUACGUACUUAAAGAUAUAUAUGCAGCAAAUAAUAAAUAAAUAAAUAAAUAAUAAGAGGGGGUUCAAUAUGUCUUGGUGGAUUGUGGUAUAUGUGUGAAUGAAGUGAUAUGUAAUGAUCAAUGAUGGAUGAAUGCGAUGUAUAUAAUCUCUAUGUGGUGAAUGAAGUGAUAUGUAAUGAAUGAUGGAU